AUGGCGGCCUUGCCUCCGGGGUUUGUCGACGUCCCCUCGGCGAUCUCGUCGAAGGGGUUUGUGAGCGUCAUUGGCGUGGCGGUAGAUGUUUUGCCAUUGACGAAACCAUCGAGAGGCACGUCUUCACUGAUCACUUUCACGCUGAAGGACUGUGAGCUUGACAAGCAGCCGCUGGAUGGGCUCAAGGUCAAGUACUUCAAUGACGACCCGUACGCGAUACCGCCAGUCAGACUCCACGAUGUAAUUUUACUGAGGGAUACAAGAGUGAAACUAUACCAGGGAAAACGUCUGGCAGUUGUGUCACAGAACGAUCAAGUUCCUUGGGCAAUCUUUCGCCCGGACGGAAGGUUCCCCAUCUGUAGUCCCAACUCGGCGAAGCCGAUCGCAAUCGAACAAGACUACGCGUAUGGCCUGCUGGAUCGCCUUUCGGGAGGUCGUCGUCUCCAACGGGCCCCUCCCUCCACCCCAUAUAGCCGACCAGCCGUUGUUGUAGAGUCUUCAGCAUCCGCAAAAAAGGCAUCUUCUAAACGAGAAUUUUCGUUGAUCAAAGACAUCAAGCCUCACACAUUCGUCGACCUGGUUGCCCAGGUCGUCAAAACUUAUCCCGAUGGCAGCGAUAAAUUCACCAUAUACGUCACCGACUACACUGCUCACAAGUCGCUGCACAACUACGAGACAGGAGAUGCCCGUGAUGGUGAUCCACACGGGUAUAUCUCGCGCACCGCCAGCAAAUGGAAGGGUCCCUCGGGGCAAAUGACGAUCCUAGUAACCCUUUGGGAGCCGCAUGCCUCUUUCGCCCGGGAAUUCCUAAAGGUAAAUGACUUUGUUUUUUUGACAAAUGUUCAUAUCAAAAUGAGACCGGGGAGUCAGAUGGAGGGUGUUAUUCACACAGACCGUCAUUACCCGAAGAAGAUCCAUGUGCAGCAGGUAGAUGUGGGAGAUGAUUCUCGAGUGAAGGAUUUGGUCCGCCGCAAAAAAGAGUAUGAAAAGCGGAACCCCAGACAUCAGGCCCCUGGCAGUGCGUCAGAUGAGAGACUGGCAUCUAAGAGGGCCUUCAAGAAGCAAGAGCCAAAUGAGCGCAAGAAGCAGAAAAUGCAAGUCGAAGAAGGCCAAACCGCACUCAAGCCGUCGGUGGAAAUCUUGAAGAAAAAUCAAAUUAAUCAACAUGUUCAAGCAGCCAACCCGGCAGUUCGUUGCCGCAGCUUGGAAGACAUCAUGAGCAACGAAUCUCACAAUAACGUCUCACCAGCCGGUUUCAACUACCGCCUGCCCUUCCAGAAUCUGAAUUAUCGGUCCACCGUCCGCGUCAUUGACUUCUUUCCGCCGAGUUUAGAAGAUUUCUCCGUACAAGACAAACCAGAGGACUCGCCAGGUACUUUAGACGAGACAGAGGAGGAGCCGGACAAUCAGAGGAAGCGAUGGACCUGGCGGUUCUGUCUACUAGUCGAGAGCUCCCGGCCACCGCCACCUGGCGAGCCCAGGGCGCGGAUGAAGCUUUUUGUAUCCGGCCAGGACGCGGUACACCUUCUCCAGCUAGACCCUACCGAUCUGCGUCAGCACCCAUCGCGGUUGGAUGAAUUACGCGAAAGACUCUUCAUCCUCUGGGGUGAAUUGGAGGAACAAAAGCGGAAGCUGGCUCAAGAGGGAGCCAGUUCCGCUUUACUAAAACCAGAAGCCAUCUCCUCGUUACCAUUCAACUGCUGCAUCAAGGAAUACGGCGUCCCGUGUUCACAUCGCAGCCGCAAUAUCGAGGAUGACCUCGAAUGUGGCCACGACGACUGUCUUGGCUGGGAACAGCGGUUUGCCCUGUUUCAAACGACCAUUCACUACUGA